AUGGCCCCUCAUCCUGAGCAGCCCAGCGUCACAGUGCACCAUGAUGUAUAUCCAGGAAUAGACCUUGACAGCCGCCUGAAGGACGCGGCCAAGGGCAAAGUUGUCUAUAUCACCGGGGCAAGCCGAGGUAUAGGAGAGGCGACCGUCCUUGCAUAUGCCAAGGCCGGUGCGAGCGGACUCUUCAUUACGGCCAGGUCAGCAGACGCCCUGACAUCGGUGGCUGAGUCCGCAAGUAAGCUCGCGCCCUCCGCCCUGGUCGAGCCAUAUGCUGUGGAUGUGACAGAUGAGAAGGCAGUGGGUGAGAGCGUGAAGAAGUGUUUAGAGAAGUUCGGGAGAAUCGACAUCGUUAUCGCAAAUGCCGGCUACCUGGAGAAGUGGGUGAAGAUAGGGGAUAUCGAUCCAGACGAAUGGUGGAAGAGCAUGACUGUCAGCAUCCGCGGUACUUUCAACGUCAUUCACCAUACGAUCAAACACCUGGUUGCGACCAAAGGAUAUGCAAUCCUGCUCUCGUCUGUGGGAGCUCAGAAUCGACGUCCGGGGGCAAGUGGAUACCAGACUGCCAAGCACGCAUUGAACCGCUUUGCAGAGUUCAUUGACGUUGAGUAUGGCUCAGAGGGUGUCAAGGUAUUUGCGAUACAUCCAGGGGGCAUCCUCACUGUUCUGGCAGCGAACGAGCCAUCGUUGAUACCACUGCUCAACGAUAAAGUGGAGAUCGCUAGCAAUACAAUGGUGCGGCUGACAAGCGGCUCAGAGGACUGGCUAAGUGGCAGAUAUGUCAGUUGUAACUGGGACCUAGACGAGCUGGCAAAGAGGAGACAGGAGAUAGAGGAGGGCGACCUCCUAAAGAAUAGGCUCGACGUUGGGGGUCUAGCAAAUCCACUAUAG